GGCAGGUCAGAGAGCACAUUUGUUGCAUACAUACUUGCAAUUAUAUUUAGAUUUGAUCGCAUCAGUUUUAUGUAGAAUUACACGUAAUAAACUUUAUUUUACUUUAAUCGGAGGAGUUCCAUGUCGCCAUGCUAAAUUCACGAGCGUUCGUACAUUCAUAACCUCUAAGUUCUGUCUGCCAGAGGUAGUGAGUAAACGUCAUUUAAAGAACAAUUGUAAACAAAUUAAAAACAUCAAGAAAGUAUUGUUAAGUUUCAAAGAGACUCUACCAAGAUCUUCGGUACAACCUCGUCUUCGAGUGCAAAAAGUACCAAUACUUGAAGAGGUUAACGUAUCAUGAAGUGCUACUAUGAAGUACUAGGAAUUCCUCGAGAUGUUUCCGGAGAAGACUUGAAGAAAGCUUAUAGGAAGCUUGCACUAAAAUGGCACCCUGAUAAGAAUUUAGAUUGUCCCGAAGAAGCUAAGGAUCAAUUUCAACUCGUUCAGCAAGCAUGGGAAGUAUUGAGCGAUCCACACGAAAGGGCUUGGUAUGACAAUCAUCGGGAAGCUAUUUUGAAAGGAGGUAUAGGCAAGGAUUACAAGGACGAUUCUAUAGACCUCUUUCAGUAUUUUUCGACAAGUUGUUUCAAAGGGUAUGGAGAUGAUGAAAAAGGUUUCUAUACAGUCUAUAGGACCGUUUUUGAGAAGUUAGCUGCAGAGGAUGCAGAUUUUCAUAAAGAAGGAGAUUCGGACGAGGAAGUCCCCGGUUUUGGUAAUUCUACCAGCUCGUACGAAGAUGUAGUUCAUAAUUUUUAUGCUUACUGGCAAAGUUAUAGCACUAAACGGUCAUUUGCUUGGCUGGAUUUAUAUGAUAUCCGGGAAGCUCAAAAUAGGAGGGUGGUAAGGCUUAUGGAGAAGGAGAACAAGAAAGUGAGAGAAAAAGCAAAGAGAGAGAGGAACGAACAAGUCAGAAAUUUGGUAGCAUUUGUACGAAAGCGUGAUAAACGGGUACAGGCACAUGCACAAAAACUUGCAGAUCGGGCAAAAGAAAAUGCAAAAAAGGCACAGGAGCGCCAAAAACAGCAACUAUUGGAAAGACAACAGCAGAUGAAAAAUUAUACCGAGUCAGAGUGGUCCAAGUUUUCUAAUAUUGAAAAGGAGUUGAAGAAUAUUGAGUCAAAUCUAGCUGCCGAGUUUGGCGAAGAGUUAUCUUCCUCUGGAAAUUCUGAAAAUGAGGAUUCUAUUCAAGAUAACAAUGCUCUCUACUGUGUUGCAUGUAAUAAAAUUUUCAAAACUCAAAAGGCAUUUACUAACCAUGAGAAUUCAAAGAAACAUAAAGAUAAUGUAUCAACAAUGACAGCAUCAUUGAUCAAGGAUGACAAUGAGUUUACCGGUGAUAUCAGUGAUAGUGAUUCGGAUUUAGAAAAUAAAUUAAAGUGUUCAAACUCUAGUAAUGUUCGUUCAGAAAAUGUAAAGCUGGCUACAGGUCCAGAAAUGCCAGAUUUUAUUAUUAAUCCAAUUCAAACUACAUCUAAAAUUGAAUGUAAUGAUACCUCGGAAGGUGAAAGGAUAUCAGGGUCGGAGUCCAAUAGCGAUGAUCUUAAUUAUAAUGGAAAUAGUAAAGAAAAUUUUACUACAAAAAAAGGAUAUGUUGUACCUGAAUCACAGAUGGACAAUGUUGGAUUUGUAAUUUCAAAACCAUCCGAUGCACAAAAUGACUCUAAAACUUCGGAAGGAGAAUUAAUAUCGGACCAAGAAGGUGAAGAAAUUGUUAGACCAAAGAAGCAGAAGAAGAAAAAGGGAAGAUCUAUCCAAAAAGUAGUGGUAGAUGAUGACAGCGACGAGCACGCGGAUCUGGAUAAUCUGCUUGGAUUAUCAAAAAAGCAACGUGUAAAGGAAAAUGAAAGUGAAAUCAUAGAUGAGAGUAAAGAAGAGGAAAUUGAUAAUAGAGUUAUCGAUAAAGGUACAGUCGAACAAUCGAAUAGUGCUGUUUUAGGAGAUAAUUCUAAAACACCAUCGCAAGUGAAAACGAAGGGAAAGAGGGCGAAGGAAAUGAAGAAAGCUCAGAAGCAGUCAGUGGCAGAAAGUAAAGGAAAAUCCAAUGCUAAAAGUACUGGGGUGAUGGUUGAUGUCGAGCAUUGUUGCGUGACAUGCAAAGCAGAAUUUCAAAGCAAGAAUCAAUUGUUUGAACAUUUAAAGACAACAGGACAUUCGGUGUAUAUUCCCGAUGCAAUGAAGAAGAAGAAAAGUUCUCAGAAAACUAAAGGAUGGAAGAAAGCUGAAAAAAGCAGUGAUUGAAAUUCAAUUUCAUGAAACAUUAGAAAGUUUGAGUAAUUUAUUACUCUUAACUAGAGAACGAAGGAAGUUUUCAUUAAUAAACAAUCAUCCACAAAACAUGAUUUCGUAUUUUUCUUAAACUCCAAUUCCAAAGCUUGUUCAUUUCUUUUUCCCAUCCAGAAAAUAUAGGU